AUGCAGAUUGGCAAUCUGAAGCGCAAGGUCAUCUUUCACUCCCCAGCGCCAGAGGCAAAGGCCACGGCAGAAGCCAUACAGAAGGCCCUUGGCAAGGUGCGGACCAAAGAGUCUCCACUGCUGGCUGAGGGCAUCCCGAUGGUACCCAGCCCGGCACCGGAGCAGUUAGAGACGAUCCCUGCAGAGAUCCUGGCCAAUGACGGUGCGCGUGCCGAGGGAGCGCUACGGACUCAUGUGUGGCAGCCGUCCGGCGGUGUGGACACUACUGCUGAGGUGGUUGUUGGCCAUGGGAACUCGAUACGGUACAUGUUGUGCCGGGCACUCCAGCUCAGCCCUGCCGUGUGGUCACGUUUUGCAGCAGGCCACUGCACGAUUUCAUGGAUCGAGAUUAGAAGCGACGGGGCUGUUGUGUUGCGUGAAUUUGGCGGCGCUGGUCAUCUACCGCAGGAGCUACAAUCCUAUAGGUGA